AGUGGCAACCCUAACGCCACCGCAUCGCUCGCAGCCCUCGUAUCUCACACAAAAGCAUUUUUCGACGCGUCGCAAAAGAAAAUGUGCCUGUGCAAUUAAAAUCAGACCGAAAACUAAAAAUAAACUAUAUUUAGUGCAUACAAUUGCAAAAAAUUAGUUCAUAUGCGGUAAUAGUGCGGUAUUCGCAAUAACGCGCGCCAAUAGUGAGCUGACGAAAUACCACCAAAAAUCCCAACCAACAAAUCCCAGGCAGCCAUCAUCUACAAAAAUCGCCUAAUUUACGAUACAAAACACUUUUCGGGGGCAAAACGAAAAACGCUGAAUUCCGGGCACUGCCAAAACACCACAGGAAUUCAAAAAUGGAGACACCUGUCGAGGAGCACGGCAUGGACCUGUCCAAGGUGUCCGUCGUGCGAUCCGCUAAGGGCGUGGAUAUGCUUUGUGUUGACGACUAUCUGUACCACUUCGAUCGCAUCGGCCGGAACAACACCUAUAGGUGGCUGUGCAAUAGGCGCAAGGACAAGUCCACCCCCUGCAAGUCCCGCAUCUGUACUUUGCUGCCCGAUCCGACGGACAAGACCCGCCACGUCGUUGUAGACGUAGUUCUGGCCCAUAUCCAUCCGCGCUGCAGCGAUCACGAGGUUAACAAGGUUGCCCAACGAAAACGGUUGUCUGUAAUGAUGAUGAACGACGCCUAUAGUACAACGCAACCGAAGAGAGCCCGCCAGUACGAGCGCGCCAAUGCCGGCAUGAACCCUCCAGAGUUUAUAUACGGUGGCAUCGACACCUCCAACCUGGAGGCCUCCUUCCAGUUGGACUUUGAGGACAAGGACCGAGUGUAUAUGCUGCGACGCCGCGAUGGACGUGUUAUGGUCUGCAUCGACGGGCACCUAUACUACUUGGCCGGAAAAUCGUACAAGGGAGACAUCUUUAGAUGGACCUGUGUCCGCAAACGUGACAUCGACUGCACGGCUAGGAUCUGCACGGAGGCGACUUUGGCAGGAGCUCAUCGAUUGCAUGCCAUCGACUCCGAUGCACAUAUUCAUCCCCAUUACUCGGCUGCCAAGUUGAUGCAUAUGUUUUCCAAGCAUCAGAUCGUUCUGGUCGAGGAUGAGCAAACCUCGGACGUGCUUGCAGAAUGCCCCAAUCUUGAAUAUUUUGAUCCAGAAAAUACUAUUGAUACAACUCAGCGAUGCGAUGACUUGGAAUCUAUAAUAAUUGAAGAGUGCGAGGAUAACUACGAUGUGUACGUAAAAACAAAUGAAGACCAAGGUGGAGAGAUUCAAGGCGAUGACGAAUUCGUUCCCACCGAAGGGGACGAGGAGAGCUCUUUGGUGGAUUUAAAAGAAGGGCAGAACUCCAAGUGGCCAGCAGCGUUUGAUGUAAUUGCUAACUAUCUGCCUCCGCCUGGUUAUAAUCCUCUCACUGAAACGGACUUAACCAAGUUUACAUUUCUUCCCUCAGCAAAAGGCCGAAAGGUGCUGUGCUUGAGUCAGCAUCUAUAUCACUUUGACUCCCAAAGCAGGUGCAAUGGCCAUAUGUUUUUCACUUGUAUAAACCGUCGUGACAAGGUCAACACUUGUCACGUCCGCAUUACCCUGGAUCCAGUUGAAAACGGACCAGUAGUACUACGGAUUAAUGGAGAACACACACACACACCGGAUCUAAAAGAAAUAGCUCGGCGACUUAAGCAGCAGGCGAAAGCGAGCCAAGAGAAUUCGCACAAGCACCUCAAGAGCGAGCCUGGCGAAGAUGUUAGUUUCGAGAGCGACGAGGGAUCAGCCAGUCAGGGAGGAGAUACUUUCGAACCGGAGCAGAGCGUUGACAGCUACGAACACAUUGAUACAAGCAAUGUGGUGAUGAAGAAAGUGAUUAGCAUCGAUGGUGCUAUCAAAAUGGAACCAGAAUCCAAGGCAAAUAUGAUAGUGCAGUAUCUAAAGGACGGUGCUGACAACAUAAGCGCUAAGAUCGAGAUACUGCCUGAUGCUCUGGAGGAGCUUGACCCGCAGUCCCAUGCUGUUUACGCAUCCACACCUUUGCCGAAAGUUCGUCAGCCCGAGAUUACUAACAUUCGCCGCCGACGUGAGGUUGUGGAGCCUACAAAAGGUGCGCAACCGGAUAUGGAUCUAACAAAGAUUUGUACUCUAAGAUCUGCCAAGGGUCACGAACUCCUGUGUGUCGAUGGUUAUAUUUACCAUGCCAAGAACCGAGGCGUAAUCUCACGCAACUACUGGGUGUGCAUUAAGAGCCGCGAUCCGGAAAUCAACUGCAAAAGCCGCAUCUCGACGGCCACCCAAAAAGAUGGCUCCAUUCGAGUCCUUCGAGUAUACAACAGUCACAGCCAUCCAUUCAGCGAGGAUGACAUCAAGCGAAGAUUGUUCAACGAGAUCAACAAGAAGAAUAACAAGAAGCUUAAGUUCCGACCUCUCCACUUUAUCGGCAAAUCGCUGGAUCAGAUUCAGCAGGAGUAUGGCGAUUUGGCCAUCGAACGCCUCAAUGUAUCUAACAUCAGCAGCGACAUUGUCGUUCACAAGAAGCCACGGGUACCGGGCAGUCAUAAUAGCGGUUCAGUAUCAUUAUCCAACUCUCAGAAGGUUGAUCAUCACGAUGAGGAAGAAGAUGUGGUCAUCGAGGAGGAAGAAUAUCAAGAGCAAGAGGAGGGCAUUGAAAUGACCAUGGAAGGCGAACAUCAGUACGUGGAGGUGGACAACACUGAUAGCAUCAUCGAAGUCGUGGAGGAAGUGGCUGAUGACAUGGACAGCUACGGCGCUAUUGUGCCAAUAUACACCAUGAAACUGUACGCCGUAUCCGACGGACCGCCAUCCUUGGCCGUUCGUAUGACCCUGAAGGCUUUGGAUAUACAAUAUCAACUAAUUAAUGUGGACUUUUGCGCACUACAACAUCGCACUGAGGAUUAUUCGAGGAUGAAUCCACAGAAGGAGAUCCCUGUGCUGGAUGACGAUGGAUUCUAUCUAUCAGAGAGUAUUGCCAUUAUGCAAUAUCUGUGUGACAAAUACGCACCGGAUUCAACGUUGUAUCCGCAGGAGGUCAACGCUAGAGCGAUAAUCAAUCAGCGACUGUGCUUCAACAUGGGAUUCUACUACGCGCCCAUCUCUGCCCAUAGCAUGGCACCAAUUUUCUUCGACUACGAACGUACACCUAUGUCUCUCAAGAAGGUACAGAAUGCACUUGAGGUAUUCGAAACCUAUUUGGAGCGACUAGGCACCAAGUACGCGGCCGGCGAAAACAUAACCAUUGCCGAUUUCGGUCUCAUUUCCGCGACUCUUUGUUUGGAAGCCAUUAACUUUGAUUUGAUACAGUACCCGUUGGUACACAAGUGGUAUGAAACCUUCAAGGCGGAAUACCCGCAGCUGUGGGAAAUCGCUAACAGCGGCAUGCAAGAGAUCGCUGCAUUUGAGCAGAAUCCUCCAGAUUUGUCACAAAUGGAACACCCAUUCCAUCCGACGCGCAAGGCUAAAGCCUAAACCAGUAGGUUUAAAGCUCUUUUAACUAGGAAUUUGAAAAACGUUCUAUCUUUCUUAAUAUUGUAAAAUAUUCAAUAUAUAUAAAUAGGCAUGAAUAUAUAUAACAUACAGAAUAAAUAUUAAUAAUAUUAAUAUGUUCCACUAUUAAA